CAGUAGGAGUCUCAGUGCCAGAGGCGCCGACUGGUGGUCAACCAUCUUACCCCUAUGGAGAAUUCACAACGGAAUUUCCGUCAGCUCCAUCAGUGACUUCCAACUACGGAGACGAUGCCGUCUGGUGUCCCAGGUCAACCUACUGUUGUUGUUCCAUCAGUAUCAGUUGGUGUGUCAGUUCCAGAGUCACAAUCUAGCAGCCCACCGUCUCUCCCCUAUUCAGAAUUUACGACUCCAUUUCCACUAGGACCCUCGGGUGUACCAACAGAACCACCAGUACCAUCUGGUGUUCCUAGCUUGGCUACUGCGGUCGUUCCUUCGGUGUCAGUAGGAGUCUCAGUGCCAGAGGCGCAGACUGGUAGUCAACCAUCUUAUCCUCAUGGCGAAUUCACAAAGCAGCUUCCGUCGGCUCCAUCAGUGGUUCCAACUACAGAGACGAUGCCAUCUGGUGUUCCAGGUCAACCGACUGUUUUUGUUCCAUCAGUAUCAGUUGGUGUGUCAGUGCCAGAGUCACAGACUAGCAGUCCACCGUCUUUCCCCUAUUCAGAAUUUACGACUCCAUUUCCACCAGGACCCUCGGGUGUACCAGCGACAGAGCCACCAGUAAAAUCUGGUGUUCCUGGCCAGCCUACCGCGGUCGUUCCUUCGGUGUCAGUAGGAGUCUCGGUGCCAGAGGCGCAGACUGGUAGUCAACCAUCUUAUCCUCAUGGAGAAUUCACCACGCAGUUUCCGUCGGUUCCAUCAGUGGUUCCAACUACAGAGACGAUGCCAUCGGGUGUCCCAGGUCAACCGACUGUUGUUCCAUCAGUAUCAGACCCUCCGGUGUACCAGCGACAGAAGCACCAAUACCAUCUGGUGUUCCUGGCCAGCCUACUGCCGUCGUUCCUUCCGUUUCUGUAG